CGGUGGUGGCGGCGACGGAUGCAACGACGGUGGCAGCGGCGGCAGAGGCGGACAGUCACGCGCGUGCUCCUGGGUCGAACGGAGGCCGCUACCAUGAGGUGCGGAGGCCAACGUUGAGAGGGACUGCGGGAGGACGUCGCCGGAGUAGCUUCCUUUGUAUGCCCGGACGUUCUCCAAAUAUGUCGCCUGAAGCAAGCGGUUCCUUGUGUCGCUAGAGGAGCUGUCGAGCGAAUCGCUCGCGAAAUAACUGAGGUCGGCCAUCAACUACUUCCGCCUAUUUGAGGAACUUCAAUUUCUGAGUCUUGUCAGUUCGGAAGGGCUCAUCUUCCUUGAUAUUUACGCAACUACAGUUGGUGAUUAGGGGAUGAUGGCCAGAAUGUUUUAUCUUACUACUCUACUACUUUUUCUUGUUAAAACAGAUGCUCUCGAGGAGAAUUGCACCGACUUCCAGGGUGGAACAGUGAAACACGGGUUACUCUACGUUCCGGGUCCCGCCGUUUGUAGUCUCUGCGUUUGCUACCAUUCGGAGCCAAUGUGGUGUCAAGCUAUUUACUGUACGCCGCCAUACAAAUGCAAGAGGUUUCGCGUUGGCGAGCGAUGUUGCGAAUUCGAAUGUCUCGAUGGCACUGACGCCCCAGGCGACUGGAAUGAACCCAACUUAAUUAUAGCUGCAGGAUCCAAGUCCGUCCAUCAACAAAAACAGCUGUUGCGAUGGCUGUCGUUCGCCGCAGUGCUGAUAAAACUGAUGACCUUUGUCUUUCUAGCUUCUUAACUUUUCAUGUCGUAUGAAAAGAAUAGAAGUCUCUGUUAUCAAAUUGUCUCUACUGGUUAA